CACCCACUUCCUGUUCACGGCAGCAAACAAACAUGGCGGCCACCAUGGAGCUGAGAUGCUGGGGAGGUGAUUGGGGUUUGCCUUCCGUCCACACAGAGUCUCUCAUAGUGCUGGCCUAUGCCAAGUUCUCUGGAGCCAAGAUCAUAGUAACUCCCAUAGACUGGACGUGGAAGACAUUGACAGGCACGGUGCCAGAGUUGGUCUGCCAGGGAUCCACAAUAACCGAACCUGCUCAGAUUCUCAACUUCCUGAGAAAACAGAGGUUUAAUGCAGACUAUGAGUUGUCGGCGAGGCAGGGAGCAGACACCAUGGCCUACAUCGCUCUACUGGAGGAGAAACUACGACCAGCCCUGUUACACACGUUCUGGGUGGAUGCUGAGAACUAUGCUAACCUGACUCGGCCGUGGUUCGCCUCCCGCUCUCCCUUUCCCCUCAACUUCCUGGUCCCUGGUCGCCAUGCCAGCAUGGCCCUGUCCCGGAUCCUGCUGACCAAGGGAGAGUCUCCUCUACACACCAUCACUGAGGUGGAGGGAAAGAUCUACAGUGAAGCUAAGGAGUGUCUGAAUCUGCUUUCCCACAGAUUGGGGACGGCCUACUACUUCUUUGGGAACACGCCAUGCAGUCUGGAUGCGUUUGUGUUUGGCUUUGUAGCUCCCCUCCACAAGGCUAGUCUACCCAGCAGCCCUCUGCAGAGCCACCUCAGACAGCUGGACAACCUCCAGCGCUUCUGUGACCACAUACUCAACGCUCACUUCAGCAGUCAUCCCGGGUCUCCCCAGCCUGUUCAGGAGACGGUGGAUGCCAACCUGCAGAAACUCACUCAGCUUGUAAACAAAGAGUCCAACCUCAUAGAGAAGAUGGAUGACAACCUGAGGAGCAGCCCUCAGCACAAACCCCUCAGAGUAGACCCCAGACCCAGCCUGGGCAACAACAAGAGCUCUACCCCUGCCUAACCCCUAACCACUCACCUCUAGCCCUUGACCUCUCACCCCCGACCAGCCUGGUGGAUGGGAGGGGUGCUGUAUUAUACUGAACCUGGUUCAAAUACUGUAAAUGCCCUAGCCUGAGUGCCAGUCUGUUUUUACUAGCAUGCCAACUCUUUCUUACUCAUUGACAAGGACAGCAAUGGAGUUGGCAAGAGCACAAACAGAUCUGGGAUCAGGCUACAAAUACCCCAGGUUAUCCUUUAAAUUAUGCAUUUGAUUGUUUUAGACAGUUUAUGCCUUGCAUGUGUAAUUAAAACUGCCCUGAAUGGAAACUGUCAGUGAAGUAUAAUAAUGGCAAAAUUGUGAAAUGCAUGGGGAAAGUUUGGAAAAGGGAAACGUUUUAGUGGUUUAGAGCGGAAUGCUGAGGACUGCUACCAAAUGAGAAGCCUUUAGAACAUUGAAAGGCAAGAGGCAGGAAAUGAGAAGGCCAGUUGGUUAAAAACGCUCUGAGAGAGAGCUAUAAUAAUGACUUUCUACUGACCUGCUGUUUCUUUCAUUUAUUUUUCAACCCUUUUCUAACAGAUUCUAAAGGAUUGAAAUGACUGAGGCCCCAAUUCAUUCAAACCUGCAUUGUAGUAUGUAUUAACACAGGAACAUGUUUUCUUUUCUGUAGUCAGGUAAUACAAAUGCAAAACUCCCCCCACAGGUACAUGUACUGUAGAUGCUCUCAGGUUUCAGAAAUAAGUUGUGUUCAUGAGCAGUAGUCGUGUAAACAAGGUUACUGCAUAAACACUACUAUGGCAGGUUUGAUUGAAUUUGUUCAUAGUUAAGGGCUAAAUGUAUGCCAAGUAUAUAAUGCAAUUAUUCUAUAGCUCUAGGGUAUAAUGAAAAUAAAAAUGCAUGGGACACUUAUAUUUAUGUUUGUAAUGAACAGUACAGGUUGAAUUUCUGCAUCAUUUUGAGAGAUUCUGGUGUAAAUUAGGUCAUUACUGACAGGCAGGCACUGACACUGAUCUACUUGUAGUUGCUGUUGCACAAUCCUAAAUGAUCAGAAUAAUGCUCUUUCCUCACCUGAGGACUGAUUCAACCAUUUCUCUGCUGAGACUAGAAUUACAUCCCAAAUGGCACCCUAUUCCCUAUAUAGUGGGCUACUUUUGACCAGAGUGCUAUGGGCCCUGAUCAAAAGUAGUGCACGAUAAAGGGAAUACAUUGCCUGAAACAGGUUUUCCUCUAGGAUUUUGCGUGCCCUUAGCUGCAUUUCUUGCUGUCUGUGGUGUUUCCAUGCAGACCUGCUGUAUCUAUGUACAUAAUCAUUAACAGUUAGGAUUACUUUAUGAGGGCAUGUGCUGUAUAGCUGUCUAGUUUAAGAUCAUUUGUGUUCAUAUAAUACAAUGCAGAUUUAGUUAGUUAGGAUGUCGCUUAUUUUACUGAGGGAGAUGUCUAAGCCUAAAGUUUUCCCUUUAACAAAUAGAUCAUCUUUACAACUGUUGUGUUAAAUUAGCAGUGUAAAUAGACUUAAGUAUAUAUGUACAGUAUGUGUGCUAUCAUAUCUCUGUAGAAGUUACCUAAUUUAAUGAGCUAUAAUCCUGCCUCUUCAUUAACAGAUUAAGUAGUUGUGAUCUUAACUUUGUAUAAUUGUAAAUACAUUUAAAUACUAAUCCAAUGCAUAUCAUUCAGCAUUGUUCCUUUAUAACAGUGCUGCUUAGAUGAUUACAGUUCAACUCUCCUCACAUGUGUUUUCAUUCUUUAGCUAAGACUGAAGUGAGUUAUUGACUACAGUUGGGGUUAAUUUAUAAAACGUGUUUUAGAUUAUUGUUCGGCAGUAACACUACAUUUGUAUACUGUCCUAUGAAGGCAAAAUGCAGUAACUACGUAUUUUCUUUUACUGCAAAAUCUGACUUCAGUCUUUUUCUGUCAAGACAGACAGCAAUUUCUGAUACUCCAUGAUAUAUUCUGAUCAACUGGCUUGUUCUUGUGUCAGGAAACUAAAUACCACAUUAAUCAGAUAAUAUACCUGGCCAUUACAACAGAUCAAAGAUUUUUGACCAAAUUUGUAGUUAUUCCAUUUUGCCUUUGUAGGGCAGUAGAUUGUGAGGUAUUUUACUUUCGAUAUCAAUUCAUCAAGUCUGAUCUCUAAUUCAUACAAAGAAAAAGGUGUAAUGGGUUCGCAUAAAGCUUACUUCAUUAUUCGAUUUUUACAAUUAUUUUCUCUUUUGAUCUCUAAUUCACCCCAUGUUGUGGAAUUGUUUUUGUAAAGAUUUGUUUUGUUUGAUCAUGAUUUUGUCUAUAUUAGUUAUGUUUUGCUCUACCUACAUCACCAUCUCCUUGUCUAUUAUGAGCACGUCAUUUUAUUUGGGAACAUGCCUUGCAUUGGACAAUGAUGGAGAACUCUGCUAACAUACUGUAUGUCAGAAGUAUGUCAUUACUGUAUGUUUGAAGUAUGUCAUUACUGUAUGUUUGAAGUAUGUCAUUUGUCUCCCAGUGACAUCCAGAGCCAUAUAUUUAUAUGACUCUGGUGACAUCCAGCAUCAGCUACUGUAAUACUGGCUCUAUUCACCUGAAUGUUCCAUGUUGUUUCCUGUGCUUUGUCUUUGCUGUUGUUUGUUGUUUACUUCCUUUGUUGACCGAAUUAACAGUGACUGUUCAGUGCUUAAAGGGAAUGUAUCCAUUAAGUGAAUAUUGUUCACUUCAUGGAUACAUUCCCUUUAAGCACUACAGAACUAGUUACAACUUUUUUCAUCAUUUUUUUGUUUUUGGUUUGUGUAAAACAACCAUAUUUGGGGGGAAAUACAUGUAUAGGACAAAGGGAGACAGUAUUAGGAAGGACUGGUACUGUGUGUCUUGAUAAGACUGCAGAAGGGAUUGUAUAGCUGUAAACUACUGUAACCAACUUUAUCAGAUUAAACUCAUGUUUGGAAUUGUAAUAACACUAUUGUCAAUUUUUUUCGAGAUCAGAAAGUCACAGUUAGGAUUUGGCCCAUUGUCCUUAGCUGGUCAAUACUUUAAGUUAAGGCAACAUUAGCAAGUUCAUUCACCUGAGGUUUUGUGAUGGUAUCAAAAACAUAUAAUUAUAACCAUGAUAUUGACAUUGUAAUACGUUAUCAUAUUCCUGGUUCAUUCUUUGUGCAUGGUUGCAAAUGAAUACUUUCAUUUCAAUUUAAUAAAAGUAUAAUCUAACCACCUAUUUAAUUAGAGUCUGUUGUGAAAUGAAGAACAACCUAAUUUACAAAAUACAAAAAUUGCCAAUUGCCCCUCUCCUCUUCCCUGCCUCUCACUCGCUCUCCUCUCUGGCUGUGUUGUGGCUGGGUGGGUAAAUGUCCUUUUUGUUUUGUCUUGGCAAUCAUCCCGGAAAAUAAAAGUGAUUAAACCGUUGGGAAGUUAUGCAAAGCCCUGACCUCAGAAAUAACCCUAUUUGUCUGUCAUUAAAACUGAUAGAGGACUUUACUAGCCUGGUGCCCAUGUGUUUCUCCUCUAGCCUGGUGCCUGUGUGCUUCUGCUCUAGCCUUCCACAUGGAAGCCAUUAACUGUUUUCUGACCAGCCACACGUUUCACGUCUGUACAUGCACCAUGGAAACAAUGCAGAAAGAAAUAAAAUAAUUUCUCCCUA